AUGGGAGCCAAGAAUUCGGUUACCAAACAUCACCUGGAGCCGCCCAGCACAGCUGCAGCCAGCAGAGGUCAUCAGUACGAAGAAAUCGAUGAUGUUUUGCUGGUCACUCGUCAGAAGUUGGACCAACAGAUGACCACUUCAUCAAGUACAAAUUUACCCACAGGGGCAGUCACAGUAGAUGACCAAGCUUCAGAGCUGAAGUCCAGAUCUAAAAGCCUCCCUGAUGUGGUUGUGGCUUCAGCUGCUGCAGCUGUCACACCUACUGCAUGCAGCGCUACAGGAAAUAAGCGGUAUCAUCAUUAUGAGGAGAUUAAUGACGAGCAGCUUUCAUGUAGCCAAAAAUGUUUGAAUGAUAACAAGAUAAAGCAGGACGAUGGGCUGAAAGCUAAGGCAGGGAGGGAUAAACACAAGAAAAAAGAAAAUGAGGUCACAUACACUGUAUCGUCUAAUGCAGCUUCAAAAUUAGAUGCUCUCCCACUUAGUUCUGGGCAUACAGAUCGCCACCACCCAUAUGAUGAGAUUACUGAAGAAAUGCUAGGCUCAACCAGUGCCAAAAAGAUAGACAAAGAAAAUGUUUCGAAAUUAAAGAAUAGUUCUAAGGAAAAGGUUGAAAAGAAGAAGCAAACAGAUUUAUCAUCAGUUGAUGAAGACACGUCUGUGGAGACAACAUCCAACCUCAACAUUUCAACCAGUAACAUGCAACCAGUCUCACAAGUUCACCACAUUUGUGAAGACAUUAGCGAUGACCAGUUAAUUUCAAAUCAAAAGAACAAGAAACCCAAGAAAUAUGAAAAAUCAAAGAGCAAAGAUUCUAAAGACAAAGUUGGUAAGAAGCCACAAAAGACAGUUAUAGAAAACAGUAUCACAGAGAAUCAUGUUCCAUCUAAUACACGGUUUGUUGUGAAAACAGGGUCAGGAAAUGUUCUGCCCCGUUACCAUCCAUACGAUGAAAUCACAGAAGAAGAGUUAGAUUCAAACAGAAAGGUGAUAGGAGACAAAACUGGCAAACUGCAGAAACAGAAAACAGAAGAUGGUCAGUACAAAAACCAGGCAGUAAAUAACUUUACAGAAACAGAAUAUCUAAAUGUCCAAGCAAGUUUUGCUCAGUCGAGUGUUGAAAACAGUUGCUCUCGAGAACAGAAUGAGGAAAAGCACGAAAACUUAGAGGACAUGUAUGCUGUGCCUCAGAAGAAGAAACCAAAGGACAAGCAAACCAAAGAACUUAACUAUAUUGAGGUGGAGUUCAGCUCUACGGCCCCUAAAGUUGAAGUCAAGAGCCAGUAUUCACCAACAGCCUACUCCAAUGUGGUCAGAAAAGAUGGGAAAAUACUUCUUUUGGAAUCCCAACAUUAG